AUGGCUCACCAAACUACGCCACGGGCCUCGGCCGGAACCAAGCAAAACCCAUUUCGUACCGAGGGACCAUACGGACAUCUCUCACCCUCCCCACUAGUUCCCAGUCCCGAUUUUGACACGCUGGAAGAGGCCCUGGCCGUCUGCAUCAAUGGUAGAUUCGUCUACUUCGAAGUAGUUGCCGCAGGCCAGAACGCCGCAGGCACCGGACGCGCUGUUCGUCUGCACGCCUGGACCACCGAAUCAGAAGGCAGAGUCGUCAGCAGGGCUUGGCAAAGGGGUGACGUCCGCGUCUCUGUCACAUCAAAGGAAAAGUGGCCGCAAGAGGUCGUCGGCGAAAUAAUGAGUGUCGCGCAGGGGAACUUGGGCUGCACGGUUAUCAUGGCGUAUUUCAAGAAGGAAGACCUCGACUUUGAUGAUGACGAGUGGGUGAAGGACUUCUUGGAUGAGGAGUACUUAUUGUACAAGGAGGCUGAGAUUCGGGAUUGGGUUGAGUUGUAA